GUGAAGAAUGAGGACAUUGGAAGUUGAAAACUUGUUUGAACAUACAGUGGCUGACCGCCAAGCGUCACUCACAAGGUAGAGCGUGAUCAUGAGUAAGGUACCAAAGGAUCUUUUGCUGAGAUCUUGUGCUGAUCUGCUUGAAUACAGCAACAAAGUAAAGAAACGAAAGUUUAGGGAAACUGUUGAGUUGCAAAUAGCGUUGAAGAACUACGAUGUUCAAAAGGACAAAAGAUUCACUGGGACUGUACGACUGAAACACAUUCCACGUCCAAAUAUGUCUGUGUGUGUACUUGCAGAUGAACAGCACCGCGAUGAAGCAAGAGCAGCAGGUAUACCAUGUUUGGACGCUGAAGACUUGAAGAAAUUCGGUAAAGAAAAGAAGCCGCUGAAAAAAUUGGCUAAGAGUCACCACGCUUUCGUUGCCAGUGAAACUAUCAUUCGUCAAUUUACGAGGACGGUGGUCCCAGUAUUAACCAAGUACGGCAAGUUUCCGGGUGCGGCUACGCACAACGAGCCACUAAUGAAUAAGAUCGAUGAAAUAAAGUCUACAGUCAAGUUCCAGAUGAAGAAGGUCCUCUGCCUGAAUGUCGCUGUUGGUCACGUAGGAAUGACCACUGAGGAGCUGGCUCAAAACAUCAACUUGUCAAUAAAUUUUCUUGUAACAAUAUUAAAGAAGCAUUGGCAGAAUGUUAAGUGUCUGUACAUCAAAAGUACCAUGGGUAAACCUCACAGAUUGUACUAAAUACACUUAAAAAUCAGG